AUGUCUUUCAUCGAGCUGGUGAAGAACAGAGGCAGCCGUGCCAACGCCUUAUCAUUCCGUGUGCACUUUGGCACGUGGUACGGCUCUCCAGACCGACCAUCGUUGCUGUUGUGUCUGACUGCCGGAUCAUUGGCCAACGCAGAGGCUCUCAAGUUGAAGUACGAAGACUACCGCUCUAUGGCCAAGAUGUGUUCCAUCGAUAUUGCAUGCUGUUUUGGUCUGCCGGACAAUCAUGUGAAGUCGUACAUGAUUCAUUACGAAGGUAACGGAAGUCCACACUGCGUCGCUGUACGACUUGAUGGGUCUCUCGCCACACUAUUCGAUGGUGCCACGGUUUACAAGACGUCGGUGGAGUUGCUCAAUGAGAUCCAUGAUGCUGCAGUGGAUCAUUCUACCGUCGUGUCCUGCUGGAAACGGGAAGCAAGAGACAAGCCAGAUGACAAAUCUGCACAAUUGCUCGACAUGGUUGCAGGCGCUGACUCGGACGGUUCAGAUGAGAGAGACUCCGACGAUGUGAAGUCUAAGUUUACAUUGGAUGAGGAUGAGAAUCCUGUCAUAUCUGAUGGUUUAAAGACUUUGCUGAGUGAAGAGGUCCAGACAGUCUAUGAAGAGUUGCGGACCAAAUCACGUCGAGUUGAUGGACGUAGACUCUGUCCCAUGUGUCCUUUCAGAUCCUUUGCGCAACUUCGCCAGUUGAGAACACACAUCGAGAAGCAUCACGUGGUGGCGAAUCAAUAUGUGUGUUCUGGGACGGAACAGGUCAAAGUGAUAUUGGCUAUGUUUAACCACUCUGCAUCCUCGCAAAUACCGGCGUCUGAUAUUCUACAAAAGAGUGCGACUUUAUUGCGUGAUACAGUACAACCACGUCUGAAGAACAACUGCAACCAUAUCGACCAACACAUACAGCUGGUCCUGGACGUUGCAGGCCCUCGCUAUGUGAAUGCCAAGUUCGUUGGAAAUGGGCUGGAUGUUAGAAGGGUGCGAUAUCUUUACUACACACAUUCCUUCGCUGACCUGCUGAUUCGGGAAGCCGUCUUGAAUCACGCUCAGGUGCGUACCAUGGUGACCCGCUGCCAUAUGCCUGCUCUCGAGCAUGGCAACCGGAUAUCCACUCUUCUUCCGGGAGACGUCCGUUACUGGUUGCCUAUCAUGGAGGACAUCACCUCACCAGCCGCAUUUCGAGGAGAAGUAAGUGAGAUGACCAGAUCAUUGGAGUUAAACGACGAGUGGCAUUACGUCAGCAUGGAUGCUACAGUCAAAGUAUGUCUCAAGCUCCUUGGUCAAGAAACAUACAGAGCUCCGAAGACCGUUCGUAAUGCUGCCCCCUUCGGAGACGCGGCCUGGCGCCGAAUACUAAGUGUACGGGGCCGAUCUGGGGCGGUCUUGCUUCUGCGUCCUCUUCAGAAUGAGUCUUCAGAGCAGCUGGUAGAGGCUUUUACGGAGACCUUCAGUGCUGACAAGCUUGGUACGAUUUGUCAUGUAGCCACAGACAGUCCUUCCGAGAAGUUAUAUACUCAGAUGAAAGCAAUAUGUCCAAAGUUGGAGAGCCUUAUGUUGGACCCCGUUCACUUAGCCAUCGUGUGUGAGUACGGCUUCUGGAACAAGAAAAGCCCGGCUCAAGCAGUUGCAUUGUAUUUUAAACAAAUGUGUCGCCUAUGA